CGUCUCUCGCCGCUCUGGGUGCUCCUUCUUCGAAGAAGCGAGGCGCCGUAUCCAUCCCUCCGUGGAAUGAUCAGGCCGGCCGGGGAAAAUGCGACUGCGAGUCGUCGUCCUCUUCACCUAUCCUGAUCAUUUCUUAAUAGGACUGCCACCGACCUUCAAGUCUGUACGUGAACAAUGCUAGCCAGAAAACAAAGCGUCCGAGGAGAACCAAUCCUCGCAGACUAUGGACCUGAUGAAAGCCUUAAUGAAAAUGCUGAUAUCGAGUGGGUUAACAAGGUAUGGGUGCGACGAGUACUGCGUAUGUGUGCGCUUCUGUCCUUGGUUUCUGUCAGCCUCAACACCACACGAACAUUUGAGAAGCACCCACCCCUUGUGUACGUCACCUUCUGCUGGGACAUCUUUGCCACUCUGCUGUUCACAGCAGAGAUGAUUGCCAAGAUGCACAUCCGUGGGCUCAUCACGGGAGAGUCACCCUACCUGAAAGAUCGGUGGUGUCAAUUUGAUGCCACAAUGGUAUUUUUUCUUUGGAUAUCAGUUAUUCUUCAGGUUUUCGAAAUCACGGAAGUGGUUCCCAAGUUCUCCUACCUGUCUAUCCUGCGAGCUCCUCGACCCCUUAUCAUGAUCCGGUUUAUUCGAGUCUUCCUCAAGUUCUCAAUGCCAAAGUCCAGAAUCAACCAAAUUUUCAAGCGAUCAAGCCAGCAGAUAUACAAUGUGACGUUGUUCUUCCUGUUCUUCAUGUCUCUGUAUGGUCUGCUGGGAGUACAGUUUUUUGGCGAGAUGAGCAGCCACUGUGUUAGAAAUGGAACGAUUGCAGAAAGGGUCACACUGAACGACCUUGCAGUGCCAGAUGCCUACUGUUCAAUGGACAAAGAGUCCGGGUAUGAAUGUCCUCAGGGAAUGGUGUGUAUGGAUCUGAAUCUUCCAAAGAGCAUUUCUGGGUUCAAUGGCUUCGACGAUUUCGCCCAUAGUUUUUUUACCGUGUACCAAGCAGCCUCCCCCGAGGGAUGGGCCAUUCUCAUGUACCAGGCCAUGGAUAGUCUUCCAGCGUGGAGAGCCACCUUCUACUUCACCACCAUGAUAUUCUUUCUCGCAUGGUUGGUCAAAAAUGUUUUCAUUGCGGUCAUCACAGAAACAUUCAAUGAGAUUCGAGUACAAUUCCAGCAAAUGUGGGGAGAAAGGGUCCAAAUUCAAACAGAAUCAACACCUCAGGUGCUGAAAGGGGACGACACUGGCUGGAAGCUGGUUACGGUAGACGAGAGCAAAGGCCGUGGCAAAGCUCCGCGAUGCCUUCAAGUGGCCAUCCACUCGGCUGCUUUUCAGGUCAUUGUCAUGAUGGUGAAUGUGGCGAAUGCCUUUGUGGCCGCAAGCAUCUCCUUCGUGCACGACGAGCGACCACGGGAGGACUUUUUCAAGACCUACUACUUUGCCGAGAUUGGUUUUACAAUAUUCUUUGAUUUGGAGGUACUCCUGAAGAUUUGGUGCCUUGGUUUUAAUGGGUACAUUAAACGUUCUCUGCACAAACUCGAGUUCAUCCUUGCCAUUGGGACUACACUGCAUCUCAUGCCCGACUUCUUCACCUCUGAAUUGACUUAUUUUCAGGUUCUGAGGAUUGUCAGACUUAUUAAAGCAUCGCCAGUGCUUGAAGAUUUUGUUUACAAGAUUUUUGGUCCUGGCAAGAAAUUGGGAAGCCUUAUAAUAUUCACCAUGUGUUUAUUGCUGAUUACAUCUAGCAUCAGUAUGCAGCUAUUCUGCUGCCUUUCCGACUUCAUGAAAUUUGAAUCAUUUCCAGAGGCAUUUAUGUCAAUGUUCCAAAUCCUCACCCAGGAAGGCUGGGUUGAGGUGAUGAACGAAACGAUGCUACGAACAAGCAAAACGAUCGGCCCACUUGUGGCCAUUUAUUUUAUCCUGUAUCACCUCUUCGUGUCUUUGAUUGUGCUCAGUCUUUUUGUAGCUGUCAUUCUUGACAACUUGGAAUUAGAUGAAGACAUAAAAAAGCUUAAACAACUAAAAGCAAGAGAACAAAGUGCGGGCAUCACUGAUGGCUUACCUAUACGGCUCCGCUUCUUUGAAAGGUUUGCCGAUAGUCCACAAAUGACCCGACUCCAUAGAGCACCCUCGGAGUUUGGCGUGCCCAAGGUUCGGGAGAGCUUUAUGCGUCAGUUUGCGGAGGAGCUGCCCGAGGAGUGCUCGGAGCUGAAGAAGGCGGCCGCUGCCGAUCUACCCGAGAACCUCGUGACAUACCGCAAAAAGCCACCCAUUCACCUGCUGUCCUCACCAAGCAAGGGCCGCAAUGCCGCCAGUCUACUCAAGAAAGUCAGUGUCACCAGCAUUGUUCUUGACUCCAACAACCAGCGACUAUUGGAUGGGGAAUCUGGACCUCUCCCAACGACUGUCAAAGGUCAAAAGCAGGCCCAGAAGCAACCCAUGAGAUUGGAUCGUAGGUUCUCCCGAUCUAGGAGCAUGCGGAGGUCUGUUCGUGGCUCCGUGAAGAUGAAGCAGACCUACGAUCACUUGAAGGAAAACGGAGACAUGGGUUCUGUCAAUGCCGCUACGUCAGGCAGGAGCCUGCACGAUUUUGACAUCAAAAUGCUGCAGCAGAAGCGUCAGCAGGCUGAGAUGAAGAGGAAUCAACGAGAAGAGGACCUCCGCGAAAACCACCCCUACUUUGACACGCCUCUGUUUGUAGUGGGCAGGGAGAGCAAGUUCCGCAAGAUCUGCCAAACCAUCGUGUAUGCCCGCUAUGACCCCCGGUUCAGGGACCCUGUCACCGGACAGGAACGCAAAAUCAAGUACAAGGCCGUGCAUAACCUGCUUGGACUUGUCACAUACCUUGACUGGAUGAUGAUCUUCGUCACCACACUGUCAUGUGUGUCCAUGAUGAUGGAGACACCAACACAGCGAAUUAUGAAUACACCAAUGCUCCAGAUUGCAGAAUAUGUUUUCGUUGUAGCAAUGAGCAUAGAAUUGACCCUGAAAACUCUUGCUGACGGAUUAUUUUUCACACCAAAGGCCCUUAUCAAGGAUAUAGGAGGCAUUGGAGACGUUUUCAUUUUCAUCGUAAGCCUGGUCUUUCUGUGCUGGAUGCCCCAGCAAGUCCCACCACAGUCAGGCACCCAGCUGUUGUUGCUGCUUCGCUGUGUGCGGCCACUCAGGAUCUUCAGCCUUGUGCCUCAUAUGCGCAAGGUGGUCUGCGAGCUGUGCCGUGGAUUUAAGGAAAUACUUCUGGUCUCCAUCCUAUUAAUUGUUCUCAUGUUUGUCUUUGCGUGUUAUGGCGUGCACCUGUUUGGUGGCCGAUUGGCACGCUGCAACGAUCCGGAUAUCAAAACAAGAAGGGAGUGCGUUGGGUUUUUUAUGCGCAAGGUCUUUGUCACCAAAAUGAAGCUCCAGCCAGCAGAAAAUGACACCUACCCUGUAAUCCUGGUGCCUCGUGUUUGGGCAAACCCUCGCAGGUUCAACUUUGACAGUAUUGGCAAUGCUAUGCUUGCACUCUUUGAGGUGCUCUCUUUCAAAGGAUGGCUAGACAUUCGUGACGUUCUGCUACACAGGCUGGGGCCAGUUCAUGCCAUCUACAUUCACAUUUUUGUAUUUCUUGGCUGUAUGAUUGGGCUGACACUAUUUGUCGGUGUUGUGAUUGCAAACUACAGUGAAAACAAGGGGACGGCACUUCUGACAGUUGACCAGCGCCGCUGGUGUGACCUGAAGAAACGACUCAAGAUUGCGCAGCCCCUCCACCUGCCACCGCGUCCAGAUCACCACAAGCUGCGCGCCUUCAUCUACGACAUCACCCAGAAUCUGUUCUUCAAAAGAGCCAUUGCCAUGCUUGUAAUGGCCAACAGCAGCCUACUAUGCGUCAGUUGGAAAUCGGAUGAACCUCAUACAAUCCCGCUUGCGACAGUUUCUGCCGGCUUCACAAUAUUAUUUACAGUUGAGGUUACCAUGAAGAACAUUGCUUUCACACCCAGGGGAUACUGGCAAAGCAGGAGAAAUCGAUAUGAUCUGUUCGUCACGUUUCUCGGCGUAAUUUGGGUGAUAAUGCAUUUUAUGAUGAUGAAUGACUUCAGCAACUCAUUUGGAUUCGUUGUAGUUAUAUUACGUUUCUUCACUAUUACUGGUAAACAUGCCACCUUGAAGAUGUUAAUGCUGACUGUGGUGGUUUCCGUGUACAAAAGCUUUUUCAUCAUCAUGGGCAUGUUUCUUCUCAUAUUGUUUUAUGCUUUGACUGGAGUCAUUCUCUUUGGCAAUGUCAAAUUCGGGGAGCACAUUGGAAGGCAAGCAAACUUUAAAACAGCCCCCAAUGGAAUGGCUAUGCUAUUCAGGAUAGUCACGGGAGAAGACUGGAACAAAAUCAUGCAUGACUGCAUGGUCAGUCCUCCAUACUGCACCCUUGCUGACAACUACUGGGAAACGGACUGUGGGAACUUCACUGGGAGUCUCAUCUUCUUCUGCUCUUUUUACGUCAUUAUUACUUACAUUGUGCUUAAUCUUUUAGUGGCUAUCAUUAUGGAGAACUUUUCCUUGUUUUACUCCAAUGAAGAAGAUGCACUUCUCAGCUACGCAGACAUUCGAAAUUUUCAGAACACAUGGAACAUGGUUGAUAUUCAGCAAAGGGGGUUGAUUCCAAUAAAACGUGUGAAAUUUGUAUUAAGGCUCCUAAAAGGUCGUCUUGAAGUGGAUCCUGAAAAAGACAGGCUGCUUUUCAAACACAUGUGCUAUGAAAUGGAGCGCCUCCACAAUGGAGAGGAUGUCACGUUUCAUGAUGUGCUCAACAUGUUGUCAUACCGGUCAGUGGACAUCCGCAAGGCCCUGCAGCUGGAAGAGCUGCUGGCCAGGGAGGAACUGGAGUACCUCAUUGAAGAGGAAGUGGCCAAGCAGACCAUCCGCGAGUGGCUAGACAAGUGCCUACGAAGGAUCAAAGCGCAACGAUUUCAGCAGAAGGAGCAGAACAGCCUGAUCCACAGCCUACGGGCCACCAACGAGGCCCUGUUUGCAGGGGGCGGAGGUGCAGAGGCAGCACCAAACAAACCCUCCACCUCGGAAGCCCUCAAGGAUGAGGGCAAGGAAGAACCCUCAUCGUCCCUAAGGCUGCGCAAGAAGGGUCUUGGCGGCCGCUCAGACAGCAUCUCCUCGCAGGGAGGCCGCAAAUUUCUCAUUCCUUCUCUAUCGGAAGGCACUAACAGAGUUGAAAAGGAGAGGUUCCAAAUGAAGAAAUGGGCCUCACGCCCAGUUGGCACCAAGGGCUUGCCAGACGUGAGUGAGGGCAGCGAGCUGUCGUCGCCCACGCCUGACGAAGAGGAGAACAACAAUGGGGCCGUGGGCUACCGGGCGCUCCGCAUGAGCUCCCUGGUUGGCGAAGUGCACGACUGGUGGGGCUCCCAGCUUGAGCUGUCGAGCGCCUCCGACUCAGAUGCAUGACGCUGCCCGCCAUCCCCUGCCUACACCGCCUCUUGUGCCACCGCCGAGGCGCGAUCGCGUGACAGCCCUCUCUCUCUCCCCUCCUUGCAUAGCUUCUCCUAAUGGAGGGGGGCCUGGCAGUAGAUGCUGGCCUCGGCAGGCACUCAUACAGUAUGCAACGGUGCAGUCCCGAUGAGCUUUGAUUCUCGAAGUUGACUCUCAUAAGCUGUUGCCUGCUACCAGCAGUUUGACACCUCUGUUGGAUUUCAGUUAUUUUCACAUGUAAUUCAUAGGGAAAUGACACAUAUUUUUUUUUUAUUUUUUGCAACCAUACAAUUUCCACACGCUUGUGGAGUGCGCUUGUCAGAACGAGCGCACUCCUCCCCAUGUUCUGCAAUUGGGCUUUGCAUGCAUUCCUCCCUAUAAAUGCUUUGCACAAGAAAGCAAAGAAACCUACUUUCCUCGUGAGACUAGAGAUGCCAAAUAUUUACAGCGUGGUUGUCCGUCUACUACGAGUGUUAGUGAGGCAGUGCAUUUUAUGCAUUGCAGAUAUGAUUUGCCAUGCAUUGCAGUUGGUUGCUGCCUGCACUGCAUCUACUCAACACAGCCAGGGCAGGUGAUGUGAUAUUGAAGUUUAUUAUCAACUGGUACAGCCCUUUUCAGUCCUGAAGGCAAUACCCAUGUUGUUGGUCCUAAGCAUACACACCUGUUUGCAUAGGUCUUUGCAUGUCACAAAAAAUAAAAAAAGGCAAUCUGUUAAGUUAUGGUAAAAAUAGCCUGAAUGUCUUGGUAUAACAUAAUUAUGUUUUUCAAACAGUACAUUUCUUUCCUACUUUCAUAAUGUGUACUCUUCACGUGCUUGUCCAACUUAUAUUUUAUUGCACUGAAGCAUGUAGACUUUAUCUUCCAGACAUCACGUCUUAUUUCCACUGUCAUCUCUAAUCGUACAUAGUUGCAUUAAGGUUAGUCAGACUAAGUUAGCCAAUCCUUAUCAUUUAUUGCAGGCCUUUUUUUUUUUUUAAUCUCACAAAAUGAGGAUUUUGAAUAGAAGCACUGAAGAACAUUGUGAAUGAGCAACAGGUGGAGUUUGGAAUUUCCUUUUUGACAUGCUCAUUCUCAGAGGGUGAAAUGUUGAGACAAUUUGAAUGUGCCUGCACCGUUGCACGUUCUAUAAAGUGAAAAUUACAAGGUUGCAUCAAGGACAAUUUCUUGCCUGUCAUUUGUGCACACUGGAAAAAUGACAAUGGAAUUAAAGCUAAAGCUCAGUAUACUCAACCUGGCAUAAAUCUCAAUGAAAUUGAAUAGUGAAUACAUGACAGGCAACAAGCAAAGGAAAGGCACGAACAAAGCACACAAGUGCUAUUUGUUCGCCGAGUUAAAGUGCAGCCACAGCAGUUUUAGUGCCAGAUCAAAAUAUCUGCACAUUCUGUAGCUACUUUGUUCCAGGCAGCAUAGGUGUUUCCGACACCUUUCUUUAGGCAUUGAAAGUGCCUGCAUGACAUGGCUGUUGGAGUGCACGACGCAUCGUUAUACAAAGCAUGCUUCACAAGCAACGUUAGCAAUGCGCUUUCACAUUUUACCAGAGCAGCUUGGAGGACCUGCACACUAAUGGGCAUUAUAUUUAGUCCACAUGCAACAAUUUUGUACUUACUGCUUGCCCCUCUCCAACUCGGAGAAGUAAUCCUUUUUAUAUAAGCACAAUCGAUGGCAAUACUGCAGACAUGUUUCGUACUAUAAAUAAUGAAUGUUGACACACAAGGACUCUUGGACAGGAAGCUUGUUCCCCACAUAAAUCACAGCGCAUUAAAAAUGACUUUGCCGAGAGGGGGCUGUUCGACGAUUGCGUCAGUGCGGUGGUCUCGCUUUUCUAGACACGGAACACCAUUGGUAAUGCCUGCGUUGAGUGAGGAACGAAGCUGGUCCAUCCACAUACUUAAAACACAUUCUUGAAGUGUGCGUUCACUCUUCUGAAACUACGUGUUGAAUUGAACUGCUCUUGCAUAGAGCUAGUUGCUCUGCAGCAAUCAUUAUAGCAUUAGCUAUGGGUACUUAAUGUCAAAAUUGCCACAUGCACCUCAUGUGCAUGCAGUGAUAAGCAUAAGCUGAACCAGUAUUAUAGUUAGCUGCACCAACAUCUUCACAAACAAUGUUUGGCCUAAGCAAGACAUGAAGAAGCUUUCCUAAAUGUUCAGUGCAUUUAUAGUUUUUCUGUAAAUAUUUGGGUGCAAGUCCUGUUUGCAAAAAAUUUAGUGCUGAUGUAUAUGUCUGCGUUCUAUGUUUCUGUAGGAAUGAAAAAACAUUGAACAAGUGCUUGCAAGGUCUAGUGCUGGCCAGAAAAAUCAAGCGCAGCAGAAAGCUGUGUUCCCACCUUGAUAGUGGACUUUACUAGAUGCAUCAGGAAAUUGUUAAGCAACUGUUUUUUUCUUUGUUACUACCUAAAUGCUGCGCUUAAUGAUGCAGCAGUUUCCUACAGCCAAUUUUUGACGUAAGAGCUAGAAACUCGUUGUUCGAGGUUAGCUUAAUAGCCUUCGAUCAUCAUACCCCCAUACUGGAAGUGCUCAUAUAUAGAAGAAGACUAGGGCAGUCCCCUUGAAAGAUUAGAAAUAGUUAAGGGCUUGCCUUUGCAGCGAAUCUACGUGCAAAUGGGGCUAGGGGGUUUUAUUACAUGUCAAUAUUGAGCGUGCUUGUAGCGACUACUAACAAGCCACAGUUGGUUAUAUUGAAAGGCUGCAUCGACUGCCUGCAUCACUUUUCCCUCAUCAAGCUUGCGCAACAGGUGUGGACUUUAACCCCCACUUGCAUGCAUUUGUUCUGUGCUAGAGAGAAGCAUAGGCUCUUUGGGCAUAGGUCACUUGCUAAGCAACCGUUCUUGCAUUGUUAGAGAAUCUAGCACUUUGUAUUGAAGCUGCCAUGUGCCGCCAUGUGAUGAGUCUUUCACGUUUGACUGUACUUAUCUCCUUUCCUUGUCCUUUGACACACAAAUGCAACACACAAGGCUCUGUUUCCUUCACAAGGCGGUGUUUGAGCACUUGCAACACAAAAUUCAAUGCAGAGGCAUGGUAAUGACGUUCCAGGUGCACUUUCAGGCCGCAGACCGGUUGAAAAGGAUUCUAGCACAUCUGAAACUGCACCAAGCAAUUUUGUUUUCUCAGAGCACCCGUUGCAUUUUUCCACAAAGCUGUUUGGAAGAACCAGUGAGGACCCAUCAUGUUCUGUGGCGUCACACACGCGUUCUCGUCGUUGGUCCAUUUUUCCGUUGGUUGUUGACAUGUAGUACAUAUGUGGCAUGUGCCGUGGUAGUUUAGUGCAAUAUGUUGUUGUGUUCUUGUUUCUUCUGUUUGUCAGGUUUAUACACUGUUGUUGACACUUUGAAACCACGUUUUCAAUAAUACAAUGUCCACCACAGUGAGUAUGUGGCACUCUGCAGCCAAUCACGAGCAAGUGUUGAGCAGAUGUUUUGUUCGUCCACAAAAAAAAAAAAAAAGCAUUUGCAAGCAAGCAAACUGUAAUCCAUCCAGUCAUGUUUUAUGAGUUGCCCAAGAGUCGUUUUGUGCAUUUUUUGUAUGCCCUUGGUAACUUGCACUAGCGGUGGCCUACAUUUGAAAAAAAAGAAAGAAAACCAGCUUAUGCUGCUUACUAUGCGAGUUUUCCCGUCUCUGCACAGCCCUUUAUUGAGUUAUAUGCAUUACCAAAGCUUAGCAGCCAUAUCUCAUAAAGAGCGACUAUGGUGCAGAGUGCUGUCUGGUGCAAUAACCUAUUGGACCCUAUCCUUGUGCUUUUUGCUGAAGCAGGAAAAUUUCAACAUUUGCUUUUUGAAAAGCGUGUUUUUUAGACAUGUCUCUGCAGCAAGCUAAUGAGAAGUCGUUAGCUUCUAUGUUGUGCUGGAACGUGUUAUCGGGAAAUGCAUGUUGGUACAUGCGUUUACAGUUGGUACAUAUUUGGUGUCACAGCAGGCACUUGAUGACAAAGCAAAAGCUUAUUAGGUAUAAAUACAACAAUUCUCUAUCUGAUAUUCUAUUCAUUAGAAUGAAAACAGAGUUGAUGUUUGCCACCAAUGAUACAAGCUCUUGCCAUUUGUUAUUAUUAGUGAUGAAUAUUUACCACCUGCGGCACAUCAAAAGUACUAAUACCUGCAAUUUUAUAUUGCUAAUUAGCAAAUGUGAACUGGCACCUUGGCAAGUGCACCAGACAGCACCUUGAAUAAUGAAAAUUAAUGAAAACAAAUAAUGAAAAACAAAAGUGAUGGUAGUGGCGCACCCUCUGAUAGUUGUCACAUUAGGUGUCACAAAACUAAGCAGCAAUGUUUAACUGCUAAUUCACACCUUUUAUGUAUAUUCUGGCAUUCAAGGCAUACUUUUACUCCCAGUAUCCACAGUCUUCAGGAAAGAAGCAACAUGCAAGGCUUACUGUUGCAAAGCCAAGACUUGCUGCUUGAUGUAAAAUUAGAUGGCAUGUUUGUUGUGCAAUGCAAGGUGUUGAAGAGGUUGGGACGCACAGCUGGCUUUCUAGUGCAACUUGUGGUGUGCCAAUGUCAUGUAGCAGUGCGCUGCACGAGACGCUUGUACUGCCUGGAGCAUCUUUACCUGUGUUGCAGGUUAACUGUGAGAUUUCGAUAUGUGCUGUAGUGAUGGCAGGCGCUCUCAGUGUGUAUAAGUUUCCUCAGCUAUUCCUCUUGAGAACAAGGGGUAAUGAAACUUUGUCACUUACAGCUUUGUUCUACCGAUUCAUAUAUAUAUUAAAAAAAAUUUAAUUAUGGUGUUUUACGUGCCAAAACCACUUUGAUUAUGAGGCACGCCGCAGUGAAGGACUCCGGAAAUUUCGACCACCUGGGGUUCUUUAACGUGCACCUAAAUCUAAGUACACGGGUGUUUUCGCAUUUCACCCCCAUUUUUUUUUUUCCUUCCCACUUGCCACAGUCAGGUUACAGGCAGCUUGUGUAGUAAGCGAAACUCCUGGAGCGACACUACAGCUUGUCAGUUCAUAAUAUGUUGUGCCACAGAGCCAUCACGAGCACACAUCAAACUUCUCGGAUAAUUUGCGAGAGAUGUUGUUGUUCUAGGAUAUGCAGCUUUGUUCUGUUGCUGGUUGUCCUGUGGAAGAGUGCAACUUUAUCCCUUGGACCAUUCAGGUCUGAAGUUCCACUUCUUGGUCAGUAGUCCUUGUCAUGACUUAGUGCUCUGGUUGCGCAGUUAUGCUGCGCUGUGCGAAUCUUCGGCCAUAGGCUUAGCGUGGGCAAAUUGAAUCUUUGGCCAGGAGAGUUUCUUGUUAAACAGGGGUUGCCCUGUGUGCGCUUUGAAGAUUUUCCAUUCAGAGCAUAGUCCAGCUUGUCGUCUUUGAUCUUCCAUGGGAUUCUUACAGCGUACUUCAGUGGUAGUGAAGUGUGCAGCCGAUAACCAAUUUUCAGGCUUGCAAGCCAGGCGUAGAGAACUUGCAGUAUCUUUACUCCAAGUCAUAAAGGUAGAGCAGCUACAUACAAGUGCCACAGUACUAAACAGCACUCAAACAUGGUUUUCUGGCUCUUUUUAGUACAGCUUGUAACACGUCCUGUAGAAAGUAUAAAUUGUUGUCCAUGAGAAGUGUAUUUACUUCAUAGAAUCAAUAAAAGAUAUUUACCAUAAA